AUGGCAGAUGACAUUAUUUGGGACGGGGACUCAAAUUCCACAGAUUUCCUUUUAAUGGAUCCAAGCCUCACUGACCCCAAGGGCGUGCAAGCUUCUGCACCCACAAUGACCACGGCGCCGAUAGUGGCAUCCACUCCCGACUUCACAUUUGGCUGGAGCAUGGAUCCACCAGAGCUGCUUGUAGCACUUUCUGCGCCGCCAAAGAUCUCGCCCUUGGCUGAUGCGGGCUUUCUCACGCGGCUACCUAUCGAUGAUCCCAUCGCACAGCGAAACGCCACUCAUAUGAUUCAAAUACUACGCGCUUUUCCUCAAAUGAUGGUCCGAAGGACUGUUUUCCCACCUUUCAUUCAUCCCAACUGGCACCGUGCGGAUGGGUCUGAAAUACGGAAGACACUGCCUGAGCCGCUUGGUAACUGCAUGAGUAUCGCACAUAUGUUCGCCUCCAGAACACCUGAUACGAGAGCCUUUGUUUGGAACGCUAUUAGAACGGAGCAACGAAGACUGAUGGAUCAGUCUCAAACAUUCGGGCCGGAGGACUUGCUUGCCUCCAUACAAUGUUAUAUUAUUUAUAUAAUUAUGCGGAUAGUCGAUGACGCGGCAUAUCAUAGCGAGCAUGACCUCAAUAUGCUGCUCACCUUCGCAACUCUUUGUAGUCGCUUCCGCGGUAUUUGCCAAGGACCAUUUAGCCAUCCAGAGCAAACACACCCCAGUCGUGCCUGGCCCGACUGGGUAUUUGCCGAAUCUCGGCGCAGGGUCGCUUGCAUCUGGUUCAUCAUCGGACAGGUCAUAUCUACCAAAACGGGUAUCCCAUGCGACACAUCCGAAGAAUAUCAUUGUCUUCCUUUGCCGGGUGGCCGAUCUAUGUGGGAGUGCCGAACGAAUCAAGAGUGGGAAGCAGAGUACAGCGCAAUACAGACAACUCUCCCUGGGAGGCAGCUUACAUACUUCGGAGACUUGAUGGAGGCUCAAAAGGCGAGCAGUGACCGGAGCAUGGUUCACAAGAUGGAUUCCUGGAACGCAGAGGCUGAUACGGUUGGGUUCAUGCUUACGCUAGCUACAGCAAUGGUUUAG